CUCUUCCUCUUCCUCCCUUAAAACCCAAACCCCACCCAGUGUUCCUGUUUCCAGAACCCACAGUACACACAUCCACUCUCUCUCUCUCUCUGCUUUUCUUCUUCUUCACUGGAAUCUCAACUGUCUGGAUCUCUUUCAAUGAUUGAAAACGGUUUCUCUUCUCCUCGGAGCGAUUCGUUUCCUGCUGGUCUCCGUGUUCUUGUCGUCGAUGAUGAUCCCACUUGGCUGAAGAUCCUUGAAAAGAUGCUUAAGAAAUGUUCUUAUGAAGUGACCACUUGUUGCUUGGCAAGAGAGGCUCUGAAGUUACUUCGAGAAAGGAAAGAUGGGUAUGACAUUGUAAUCAGUGAUGUUAAUAUGCCUGACAUGGAUGGAUUCAAGCUUCUGGAGCAUGUUGGACUCGAGAUGGAUCUUCCUGUAAUUAUGAUGUCUGUUGAUGGAGAGACGAGUAGAGUCAUGAAGGGUGUACAGCAUGGAGCCUGUGAUUAUCUUCUUAAGCCCAUAAGAAUGAAAGAACUCCGCAACAUAUGGCAGCAUGUGUUUAGAAAGAAGAUACAUGAGGUUAGAGACAUUGAAAGUCUUGAAGGCAUAGAUAGUAUAGGGAUGACAAGAAAUGGUUCAGAGCAGUCUGAUGAUGCCCACUUGCUUAGUGCAGAAGAUAUGACUUUGAUAAAGAAAAGAAAGGAUGUUGAAAACAGGCACGACGAUAAGGACUUAAGUGAUCCUUCUUCUACGAAGAAAGCUAGAGUAGUUUGGUCAGUUGAACUUCAUCAGAAAUUUGUCAAAGCAGUAAAUCAGAUUGGAUUUGAUAAAGUUGGUCCUAAGAAAAUCCUGGACUUGAUGAAUGUGCCAUGGUUGACAAGAGAAAAUGUUGCGAGUCACUUGCAGAAGUACCGCCUUUAUUUGAGUCGGUUGCAAAAGGAAAAUGAGCUGAAAUCUUCUUUUGGUGGGAUAAAGCACUCAGAUUCACCUCCCAAAGAUGCUACUGGGAGUUAUGGGCUUCAGAAUUCAAUAAAUGUGCACCCUAAUGAUGUUUUAGAUGGUAGUCAUGGACUUUCUGGAGGUAACUCGCUUUUACAAAGUGUGGAUAGAAACACUGAUGAAGUUGAUAGAAAGGGAAUUGCUUCAGUUGCUACAACAGAAAGCAAAAGAUCUUUGGCAGUUGAUGUUUCUAAUCCUCAAAAGCCCAGAUGUGCUCAAAUGGGCUUUGAUCAUCCUCUUGCAUCACUUGAACCAGAAGUUAACUUCAUGACAUUUGGAUCUAAUGUACCAGCACAGUACUCUUGGAGUGAGAUUCCAGGGGUUCAAUUUAAACAGGAUCAUAAGCCACUUGAAUUUGAGGAAAGCUUGAGCCAGUUACCACUAUCUGGGCUACACCAUCAUGUGCAAACAGAUUAUCUACCGCCAGCUGCAUCUGUUAGUCCUGGACCUUCUAUAACAGAGAGAGAUGUUAAGCAUUCCUCUAACAGGUGCAAAAGCAAUCAUGUCGACCCUAUAAGCUCAUCCAGUGCAAAUGAUUUAUUUCCUGUUCAAAGCAAGAGCCAAAUGGUAAGUCAGUCAGCUUUCCAACCUGUUAACACUACUUCAUCCGACAUUGAAAAUCAGGGAUUCAAUCAAACUUAUGUUACUAAUUUGGAAUCUAUACAAAGAAACCUGAAUUGGGGAAUCAAUUCGCCUUAUGCAUCUCUUAAUGAGGACUUGCAAUUUUGUUUACUGCAAGGGGAUUGUUAUUCAAUGAACCUUGGAUUACAGGGUGUAGAGUUUACAGAUUACAACAAUUUGGAGCUCUUUACUGAAGUUCCAAUCCACUUAUAUGAUGCAAUGAGGUUUGACUGUGAUCAUCUCUAUGCCAAGCAGAACAUGCUGUUGUAGAUGGAGAAUUGUUGGUACCAUGAACUUGUUUCAUGCUUUUUCACAUCUUUGACUAAGACAGGAUUGUUGGCCAUUUCAGGCAAGCAAUCCAAACGAGAGUAUUUAAGUGGUACUGGGAUGUCAAUUUCCUGGUCAGGUUGGAUUUGGAUGUUAUAAGAUGUAUAUUAUGAUUGAUCAAGUGAAAUAAUGCUUCUUUAUUCCUCA